AUGUCAGACAUGAGCAACUGGUUCAAUUCCCUGCCGAUAUUCACGAGGCACUGGUUACUGGGCACCGCGAUCCUGACGCUACUCGGCAGAUUUGGCAUCCUGAGCCCGCACUCGCUGAUACUGUACCCCGAGCGGUUUCUAAACAACUUCGAGAUCUGGCGGGCGGUGACGAGCGUCUUCUACUAUCCCCUCAGCCCGGGCACGGGCUUUCAUUUCCUGAUCAACUGCUACUUCUUGUACAAUUACUCGCUGAGGCUAGAGCGCGGGGAGUAUGACAAGAAGCCCGCGGAUUAUCUCUUCCUCCUGCUGUUCAACUGGCUAUGCUGCGUCAUCAUCGGGCUCAUCGGCGAUUUCCAGUUGCUCAUGGACCCCAUGGUGCUCAGUGUGCUGUACGUCUGGUGUCAGCUGAACAAGGAUGCUGUCGUGCAGUUCUGGUUCGGCACGCAAUUCAAGGCCAUGUACUUGCCAUGGGUCCUGUUCGGAUUUAACUUGAUCAUUUCCGGAGGAGGCAUGAUGGAGUUGUUCGGCAUCUUGGUAGGACACCUGUACAUCUUCCUGAAAUUCAAGUAUCCGCAGGAACUCGGCGGCCCAGAAUUGCUAAAUACUCCAAAGAUACUUGAAAGCUACUUUCCACCUGAGAGAGGGAACGUAUCAUUUGGGAGUGCGCCAACACAGAGAUCAGUGGCAGGACAGACUCAAGCUCAAGGGAGAAAUAUAUUUGGUGGACACAACUGGGGAAGGGGUCACGUCUUAGGUCAAUAGUUACAUGAUUCUAUUUAAAUUUAUCGAAUACAAAAAAUUUCCACUAUUACUUAUUUUGCGAACUAUAAGUUAUAAUACUUAUAAGGUUUCAUGAUACAUCAUAUUUGUUUUAUAAUAUAUGCGUUACCAAUUCUUCCAAAUAUCUUUGUAAACUUUUAUAUAACUUUAAUCUCUCUCUCCUUGCAAUAUGUAUCCAGCAAUAUGUAUGCAUUUUUUUUGAGAUAAUUUAAUGACAAGAUAUAAUGCCUGUAUACUAUUAUAAAUAUGAAUGGACAAGAAUGUUUCAUAUCAUUAUAAAGUUGUAAAACUAUUUACAGUUUUGUAUGAUUACUAUUUAUAAUACACAUGAAUGUUUUCUUACGAAAACAGUUGAUAAAGAUAAAUAGGAAAGUUUAUGUAAAUUGUGUGUUAUCUUUUUGUGAAGUAUUACCAUGUUUCCUCGAUACAUAGCUGACUGCACUAGAUAAUAAAGUAUGCUUAUCCGUAA